UGUUGUUGAAUUCUUUCACAAAGUUUUUGAGACCAAACCAAAAAACGUUACCUUUCUUAGAUCAGAAAUGGCUAACAAUGAAACACAUUAAGCAAAUUCAAUCACACUUAAUCAUAUCUGGAACACUAACAAACCCAUCUGUUACUGGACAAGUUAUAGCCUUUUGUGCUAUUUCUAACAAUGGUGAUCUUGAUUAUGCUCAACAUAUCUUUAAUUAUCUGCCUUAUCGUUCUGCAUUCAUUUGGAAUACCAUGAUAAGAGCUUAUAGUGAAAAAAACAAACCCAUUAAAGCUAUGUCUAUGUAUAGGCAAAUGCUUGAUUUUGGUCUUUCACCCAAUAAUUAUACGUUCUCUUUUGUUAUAAAAGCUUGUACUGAAUUAAAUGAUGGUUUCUGUGGUUGUCAAGUUCAUUCGCAGAUUAUUAGACUUGGUUGGGAAUGUUAUGAUUUUGUACAGAAUGGGUUGAUUCAUAUGUAUGUGAAUUGUGAUUCUGUUGAUUAUGCGCGGAAACUGUUCGAUGUCAGUUUGUAUAGAGAUGUGAUUUCGUGGACUGCCAUGGUUAAUGGGUAUGUGAAGACAGGAGAGUUGGAAACUGCAAGGAAACUGUUUGAUGAAAUGCCUGAAAGAAAUGCUGUUUCUUGGAGCGCUAUUAUCACAGGUUAUGUACAAAAGGGAUUGUUUAAAGAGGGUUUGGAGCUUUUUAAUGAGAUGCAGUUACAGGGCUUCAAGCCGAAUUAUGCUGGCAUUGUUGGAGCUCUUACUGCUUGUGGAUCUCUUGGUGCUCUUGACCAAGGGAGAUGGAUUCACGCUUAUGUUGAUAGAAACGGAUUGGAAUUGAAUAGGAUCUUGGGUACUUCUCUAAUAGACAUGUAUGCCAAAUGUGGGUGUAUCGAAACUGCCCAACAUGUAUUUAGUCAGAUGCCUGACAGAGAUGUAUUUGCUUUUACUUCUAUGAUUUCUGGUUUAUCAAAUCAUGAUAAGAGUGGAGAUGCAAUUGAGUUGUUUCUUAAGAUGCGUGACGAAGGAGUUCAGCCAAAUGAGGUGACAUUUAUUUGUGUUUUAAGUGCAUGUAGUCGAAUGGGGCUGGUGGAAGAAGGUUUGGAUUUCUUUAAAAGCAUGAAUGGAGUUUAUGGGGUUGAACCGGGGGUUGAGCAUUAUGGAUGUAUGGUGGAUCUUUUAGGGCGAGCAGGAAGGCUUGAUGACGCAAAGAAAUUGGUGAGUGAGAUGCCAAUGAAACCUGAUUCUUAUGUUCUGGGUGCAUUGCUCAAUGCUUGUAGGAUGCAUGGAGAAGUCGAGUUGGGUAAAGAAACAGUUGAGAAUUUGGCAAAGCUGAGUCUCGAUCAUGGUGGGGUCCAUGUUCUUCUUUCUAACAUAUAUGCAUCAGUUAAUCAAUGGGAAGAUGUUGCCAAGGAGAUAGGUCUCAUCAUCGCAUGGGAGAUAUCAGUUUCAUAUUGCUUUUGAUCAAUAAUCAGUUGAAGUCUUUGCGUUUUCAUGAUGAAUUAGUCUUCGAGUGAAUCUCACUGUAUCAGGGCUCCCGUUUAUCACUGGGGCUAUUUGCACGGCUUUGUACAUUUGUGGGGUGCAAUGUCAAGCUUUCUGACAAUGCAAUCAGAUGUUCGGUAGGGUGAAGAAACCAUUGAGAACUUGCUGAAUCGAAGUCUCAACUACAAUACCAUCUCGUAGAUCUUGAAUUACAUGGAAGAUCCUUCAUGGUAAGCACACACUGAUAUUUUAAUUCUUAAGGUCACUAACUUAUAGCGAGUCUGAUUGGUCUUUAUGUCCUUACCCUCAAGCAAAAUAUUUGAUUGCUGUAUUAUUUAUAUAUAUAUGGAUUCAUUAGGAAGAAGCUGGGGUGUGUAUUCACUAUAUCUCUUCAGAUUUUUUCUAUCUGCAUGGGCCUAAAAAGCUUGCAUUCAGAUGUAAACUCCAACAUUGGCGGGGAGUUAUUUCAUUUCUCCGGAGCACUUUGACAUUGUAGGAAUCAAUUAGUGGGGCUCGUUAUUAUCUGAUUACAUUGGACAUAAUUUAAGUGAUUGUUCUUUGUUUUCUGGGAAUAAAAGGCAAUGCUGGAGAGGCCUCGGAAUAAAAGAUGAUCUGGCAGCACCCUCAACUCAUUGGGUGGUGAAUGUUAGAAUGGAUGGCUGUUCUUUCAAGAAUCCUAAAUUAGCUGGCUGUGGGGUGUUUCUUCUAGAUUAUUCAGCGUUUGUAGGCGUGCACCAUGCAUUUGCCACUCAUGCUGUAAUUGCUACGUAAAUGAUGGCCGAAUGAGUGGCUGCAAUUAAUGCUAUUGGCUUUAGUGUGACUUUACUUUGGUGGUAAGUAGUCAAGACUUGUAUGAUGGAAGAGUUCUUUGUAUUAUUUAUCGACCAUCCAUCCAAUUUAAGUGUUCUGGCUUUCUGAGGAAGGGUAAUGGCUGUGCGGACAUUAUGACUAAGCAUGGUGCCACCUCAGCCAGUUCUAAUAGGGGAAUCAUCCACCAUCAAUUUUGCUUCAAUUAUUGGGUGCAGAGUCUGCAGACCCUAGUGGUCUAACUCGUUAUCUCCAGUCUGCUCAUUCACGUAAUUUGUGGGUGUCAACCACGAACCUACUUUUUGGACAAAUUUCUUUUGAUUUUUUCUAAACUGGGGAAGUGUAUGAUCCGACACUAAAAAAAUCUCACCAAUUUUUUACCACAACUUUAUGUCUCCGUUUAUGACAACAAUUUUGACCCUAUUUGUUUCUGUACUAAUGUCUGCAUCGUUUUUACCUCAUUUGCUCAUCUAUAAA